AUGGCCACGUUUGUCUGCAGGGUUCAGUUUCUAGAUGACACCGAUCCGUUCAACAGCACCAACUUCCCAGAACCGACGAGACCGCCGCUGUACACCUUCAGUGAGGACAUCCCGCUCAUCAACCAGCUAGCAGGCAUCCACCGGCUCCUCAGGGCUCCACACAAGCUUGAUGACUGCACGCUACAGCUCUCCCACAAUGGCACCUAUCUGGAUCUGGAGUCAUCUCUGGCUGAGCAAAAGGACGAGCUGGAAGGCUUUCAUCAGGACGACACAGGGUCCAGAGGGAAGAAGCACAGUGUUGUUCUACGGACCCAGCUGACUGUCCGUGUCCAUGCCUGCAUUGAGCUGGAGGAGGAGUCUCCUGUCAUCAACUGGUCUCUGGAGCUGGGCACCCGGCUGGACAGUCGUCUGUACGCCCUGUGGAACCGCACGGCCGGGGACUGUCUGCUGGACUCGGUCCUGCAGGCCACCUGGGGGAUCUACGACAAGGACUCUGUCCUCCGCAAGACCCUCCAUGACUGCCUGCAUGACUGCUCCCACUGGUUCUACACGCGCUGGAAGGAGUGGGAGUCGUGGUACUCGCAGAGUUUCGGUCUGCAUUUCUCCCUGAGAGAGGAGCAGUGGCAGGAGGACUGGGCGUUCAUCCUGUCUCUGGCCAGCCAGCCCGGGGCCAGCCUGGAGCAGACCCACAUCUUUGUUCUUGCACACAUUCUUCGCAGACCCAUCAUAGUCUACGGAGUGAAAUACUACAAAAGUUUCCGUGGGGAAACGUUAGGAUACACUCGAUUUCAAGGCUACCUGCCCAAUGGUAUCCAUGCAGUGGAGGGCAUGUUAGCAGCUGCCAGCAUUGGAGCCAUCUGGAGCUCCACGUCUGUGGACUUUGGAGUCAACGGUGUCCUUGACAGGUUUUCUCAAAUCCAGCCCAAGCUGAUCUUCUCUGUUGCCGCUGUGGUUUACAACGGAAAAACACACGACCACAUGGAGAAGCUGACCAGUGUUGUCAAAGGUCUGCCUGACCUGAAGAAAGUGGUGGUGGUUCCCUACGCUCGCUCCAAACAUGAGAUCGACCUCUCCAAGAUCCCCAACAGUGUAUUUAUAGAUGAUUUCUUGGCUUCUGGGCGCGGUGGUGAAGCCGAGCACUUUCCUCAGCUGGAGUUUGAGCAGCUUCCGUUCAAUCAUCCUUUGUUCAUCAUGUACUCGUCUGGCACCACAGGAGCUCCUAAAUGUAUGGUGCACUCUGCUGGGGGAACACUCAUCCAGCACUUGAAAGAACACAUUCUCCAUGGCAAUAUGACCAGCAGUGAUGUCAUCAUUUACUACACCACGACUGGCUGGAUGAUGUGGAACUGGCUGAUGUCUGCUCUGGCAGUUGGAGCCUCUGUGGUUUUAUAUGACGGUUCACCACUAAUACCCACACCCAAUGUACUGUGGGACCUGACGGACCAGCUGGGUAUCACUAUCUUUGGUACCGGGGCCAAGUGGCUGUCAGUGCUACAGGAGAGGAACCUGAAACCAGCGGAAACACACAACCUCCAAUCUCUCCACACCAUCCUGUCUACUGGAUCUCCUCUCAAACCUCAAAGCUACGACUAUGUGUACCGCUGCAUCAAGAGCAACGUGCUGCUGGGCUCCAUUUCAGGCGGCACAGACAUAGUGUCAUGUUUCAUGGGUCAGAACCCAACAGUUCCAGUGUACCGUGGCGAGAUCCAGACCAGAAACCUUGGCAUUGCUGUGGAAGCCUGGAGCCCUGAUGGUAAGCCCGUGUGGGGGGAGAGUGGGGAGCUCGUCUGCUUGAAACCGAUCCCCUGCCAGCCAACACACUUCUGGAAUGACGAGAACAGGAGCAAAUACCACAAAGCGUACUUUUCUACAUAUCCUGGGGUGUGGGCCCAUGGAGACUACUGUAAAAUCAACCCAAAGACAGGAGGCAUUGUAAUGCUGGGCAGAAGUGACGGUACAUUAAACCCCAACGGAGUCCGAUUUGGCAGCUCAGAAAUCUACAACAUUGUUGAGGUGUUCGAGGAGGUGACAGACAGUCUUUGCGUUCCUCAGUACAAUAACGACGGAGAAGAGCGAGUUAUUUUGUUCUUAAAGAUGGCAUCUGGUAAGCCCUUCUGCCCGGAGUUGGUGGGGAAGAUUAAAGGAGCCAUUAGAAAAGCUCUGUCUGCCCGACACGUCCCCGCUCUGAUGCUGGAGACCAGAGACAUUCCUUACACCAUCAGCGGGAAGAAGGUGGAGGUGGCCGUGAAACAGGUGAUCGCUGGCCGGGAGGUGGCGCAAAGAGGAGCUUUCUCCAACCCAGAUUCACUGGAUCUCUUCAGGAACCUUCCUGAACUGCAGAACUUUUAGAGAUGAGGCUUCGCUGAGCUGGAGAGAAGAAAAUAAAACCACCUGACAUUAGCUUUUAAUUUAACUUAAUUCAUAUUUACAGAUGCAGGGAGAUAUGCAAAGUGCAUCGAACAGAGUGUUUGGAAAGGAAGGCACCUUGAGCUUUGUACAGGGAAUAAUAAAAAGAUGACAUGUAUGUCGGAAAAUGUAAACUUGAUACAAAUAUGUAAAUAAGUCUGUGGUAUCAGAAAGAAGAGUCGUACGGCUCCAUUGGCUAUAUUUCAACCAAGUGAUUCAGCAGCUGCUCUUAGUCUACCAUGCUGUGCAGGAGAAUGUUGGAUGCCUGAUGUAAUAUGAUGUGCACAGCAGUACUUGGGAAUAAGCUCAUGCUCUAAAACCACCAUAAUGGAGAAGUGUAAUUUUGAUGCUAUGAGCCAGUGAGGAGCCAUAUCUCCCUGUGUCACCUGCUAUAACCCGAGUGUUGGUUCCUACACUUAAAAUCCAUGGAAGUGUGCAGAUAAAGUCGCACACAAACACCUGGGAUUAACAUCAUAUCAUUGUUACGUGGUGUGUAGUACUUUAUUGAAUGUAUAUAUAUGGGUAUAUAUUUUUCAGACUGUUAAAUUAUGUUAUAACAUUAUAAUUAUGCAUCUUGAAGUUACUGUUAACCAAAUGAGUCUCAGAUGUAAAGGGUUCUAACAUGUCAGGAGAUUUUGGAUUGAAAUGAAAACCUACUGAACAUUUCCAAGCCUAAAUAAAACAUGUUAAAAUCCUUGAAAAAUAAUUUGACUUUGUAACCAUUGUCUCUUUCAUUCUGCUAUCAAGGCAGGAAUUGAUCAACAAGUCAGUAUGUCAAGUGUGUUGUGAAAGUGAGCGAAGGUUAACACCAUAAAAGCCUCUUAUUGUCAUUUAAUUGUUGUUCAUAACAAAAGAGAAAUGUGUUCCCUGCUUCAGAACAGCCUGAUUUUGCUUUGUACAUUGCAAAGCUAAGUGAUUUGAUAUUUGGUUGUUUGUUUGUUUGUUUGGCAGGUAUUUGUAAUUCAAUUGUAAGAUUCUGUUUUGUUUAACCCCCUAGGGAUACAAACAAAAAUUAAAUAUCCCAAACCUUUUGUAAA